CUUCGGACUGCCGAUCGCUGCUCGCGGGCUCCUGGGGUGUCCUCACGAUCCUCUGGCCUCAUUUGCAAUCCUGCCGAGCAGGCCGUCUGGACAGCCAAUUGCGCGAGGCCAUGCGAAGCAGCCCCGCUCGCCGCCGUCACCUCCAAGGCCCCUCUCGCUCGAUCCUCGGCGACUACGCAGCCACACCGCCGAUAUCCCAGUCCGCACCACGAUCUGUCUCACUCCCUCCUCUCGAAAUACCAACUCGAGCCAGCAUGACCCCAGCAGCACCUCCAGCCACCGAAGAAACCGGCGGCUCGGUCCAGGUUCUGCUCCCGCCCGACUCGCUCGUAGCACCUGUCUUCCAUCAUCCGCCCAUGGCUGGCGCACCCCCCAGCGCAUCGUCGGCGCAAACAUCGAUGCGCAAAUACAUGAUCCAGACCGACAUCAAGCCCACUCUCCGGCUGCUCCAAAUGGAUCAGCAGGUCGAGCAGGAGCAGGAGCAGCAAAGAUCCAAACAGAGCCUCUUGCUGCGGUCACCGUCCAAGCCAAAAAAAGCUGCCCAGCAAGUCGCUCUGGCCGACUCGCCAUCCCGAUCCCGGUCUCCUGCUGCCAAAUUGUCCCGGAUCCUAAUGAGCCCGUCCACAGGGUCGAAAAAACGAGGGCGUCGAGGCGGCAACCCGCUGACACCCUCCAGACGCUCCAAGAAGCCGAUGCUGAGCCCCGGCGAGGCCUCCAAAUGGAAGCAGCUCAAGAUCUUUGAAGUCGGCUUGUUUUCGCCAAACUACAACGUCGUCACAAAGCUCAUUCCCCGAAAAUCCUUGUCAAGGUCGUCAAGUGAGAUAUCCAACACCACAAAGUCACGAACCGACAAGAUUCCACUAAAAGAUUCGACCGAAACACUGAAUCUCGUUGAAGAUGGCGACGACGUCGACGAUGCCCUUACGGACGAGCUGGAUCUCACGGACGAGGCCAGCCCGGAAUCGGAGAGCGAUGGUCUUGCCACCCGCGUCAAAUCCGUCAUCAUUCAGAAUGCCACCACCCAUAUGGACUCGGAAGAUGAGGACGACGACUACGAGGCCGUACGAGACGAGUUUGACCCAUACGAGUUUAUCAGACAGCUGGGGCCUGUCUGCCCAGACGAUUUGAAGAGAACCUCAAAGCUACUGCCAUCAAAGAAACCAGGCCAGAAGAAAAUUACCCUGCUUUUGGAUCUGGACGAAACGCUGGUUCACUGCAAGACCGAACCUCUCGAAAAUCAUGAUUUUAUGAUUCCUCUCACGGUUGCCAGUGAGCACUACGAGGUCUAUGGGCGGAUCCGGCCAUUUGUGGAGGAGUUCCUGGAAAAGGUCUCGCAGCUGUUUGAGGUUGUGGUCUUCACAGCGUCGCUGCAAGUCUAUGCCGAUCUCGUGCUCGACAUGCUUGACAAGAAGAAGAACCGAUUCCAACACCGGCUCUAUCGCGACUCGUGCACCAUCGUCGACGGCGUGCACAUGAAGGAUUUGGAAAAACUCGGCAGAAAUAUCAAGCACACCAUGCUGGUGGAUAAUUCCCCACAAGUAUUUGCCCUCCAGCUCUCGAACGGGAUUCCCAUCAAGUCGUGGUAUGACGAUCAAGACGACCACGAACUACUGGACCUGCUCAAGUUUUUGGAGACUGUCAGCGAUACAGACGACGUCCGCCCUCAUAUCGAUCGACAGUUCAAGCUCAAGGAACUCAUCUGGCCAACAGAUCCAACAACCUUCGAGGACAACGACGACUUGGCGUAACAACAACAGAUUCGACUGCGCUUGGAUCUGCACUUCCAAGUGACGUAUCCGGCUGUCAUGAGAGCAAGCUCUGUGACAACGGCGGAGCCGGGCCGACCACAUCCGCCACGACGCCCGUUGGCGGCUCAGCCUUUGACUGCCAUGCCCGACGAAGACGGACAAGAGCAGCCCUGCGGCCAGUGGGGAGGGUAUGAAGGGUUGGGUCCAGGUCAAAUGGGCUUGGGCCAGUGCGAAGCGUGAUGUCGAAAUACAUGUGCCGUUGCUGCUGGCACGUUGCCCUUGCA